GGCAGGUGUUGUUCGAUGCAGCCUCUGAUUCUGAUAACGCUUUACUUUCCCUUCUUUUCACUCGGCUGUGUACUUUGUACUGUGCAGGGUGGACCUGGUGGCUCUUCAACCGGCUUUGGUAACUUCCUGGAGCUUGGUCCCCUGGAUGCUGACUUGCAACCACGUACAACAUCUUGGACAUCCCGUGCCAACGUUUUGUUUGUUGAUAAUCCUGUGGGAACAGGUUUCAGCUAUGUCGAUCACCUGUCAUUGCUGACUAAGACUGACUUGGAGAUCGCUACUGAUCUAGUCACUCUCACUGAGCAUUUCUUCAAGGCCAACCCGGACUUUGCGAAAACUCCCUUCUACGUCUUCUGCGAGUCGUACGGUGGCAAGAUGACGUCAGUGUUUGGACAGGAGCUGCAGAAGGCUAUUCUGGCUGGUCGUCUAGACAUUAACUUUCACGGUGUUGCUCUUGGCGAUGGCUGGGUAUCUCCCAUCGAUUCCAUGGCUGCCUGGGUUCCCUAUCUCUACACAUUGUCCCUGAUCAACCCCGCUGGUGUGGAGAAGCUCAAUGCUAUUGUCAACCGGACACGUGUUGCCAUGGCAAAGGAUGAGUGGACCAUGGCCACGUCACUCUGGUCAGAGAUGGAAAAUGUUGUGGGACAGCUUGCUGCUGAUGUGGACUGGUACAAUGUACUCAAACAUACCGCUUUCGUCACCACCGACUUGAGCUCCCUUGCCCGUCAACAGCUACUCAAGGUUCCAAAGGAGCUGCAUGUAUUGUACAAGAGACAUGUUGCCAAUAUGCAGGCUGAGUCACUGAAUCAACUUAUGAACGGUGAAGUCAAGCGUCAUCUAGGUCUCAAUGUCACUUGGGGAGCACAAUCUGGUGAUGUGUUCACUGCUCUACGUGGUGCAUUCAUGAAGAACUCCAUUGCAUCCGUUGAUUACUUGCUGGCUCAGAAGGUGCCUGUCACCAUCUAUCAAGGACAGCUUGAUCUGAUUGUUCCCACAAUUGGUACUGAGACGUACAUGAAGAAGCUGACCUGGCCGGGCAUGGCUGAGUUCAACAAAGCUGUCAACAAGCCCAUUCUGAUCGAGGCUGAGUUUGGUCUCUUCCAUCAGCAAUAUGAGCAUUUCAACUUCUUUGCCGUUCUCAAGGCUGGACACAUGGUGCCUGCUGAUCAAGGUGAAUUUGCACGGACUAUGCUGACAAUGGUUCUUGGCAUGUCUAAUUCGUCAAAGUAACCAUCAAGCACACCCGGUAUCUUAUUCAUUUCCAAUUGAAAUUUCUGAUUGAAAUUCAUGUACUAAACUACUGAAUCUACGUUCCUCUUCUGCAAGAAUUCUCUUAGUAGAGUGCUCCCAAUUCUCUUCUUUUGGACGUUGCUAAUUGCUGCAGUCUUUUUGCAAUGGUGUGAUCUCUCCUCCUCUUGCCCCUUCCCGCUUUCUCUCUCUCUCUUCUUUCCAUCGAUCCAUCAGUUUCUUUUAGGCCUUUUCAACUACUGAAAGUGUUGUCACCACUUUCUCUUGAUGUAAUCAUAUUAUGUUCUGCUGUGAUUUGUGUUCGUUUGUGCA